AUGGACCGAAUAAAAUUUAUCAACGUCACGAAAAUAAGCGCAUCGGCUUUCGACAGUGUCUCAACGAAUUUAACAACUCAACAAACGGCUUUGAAUAUUUCUUUUGACGGCCAGCUUCCCCAGUUACCCAGUCCUGAUACGCUGUGUGAUUCCGGAAGUGAGAUAUUCGUUGACCGCAGCAACGACCCUAUAAUGUACUUUCUUACAUUUUGCUUACUUGCGCUGGUAUUUGGGGGUUUGUUCGGCUUUUACCUGAUUGUCAAAUUUGUACAGGUAAUGGUGUUAGUGUUUCGUCGGCGUAGGUUGGAGAUGAAAUUGAAGAAGAUGGUUAAGAGAGUGGACAAACUUGGUUUGGAAAUUCAGAUGAAGGACAUGGAGAUCAAGAUGAGUGGAAUGGAGAUGAAGGUGGAUGAUUUUGAGGGAAAGGCGGAUGAGAAGCUCACUCAAGAGCGACUUGAUCAUCAGGCUGAGAUGCUAGAUUGGAAGGCGGAGGUACAAAAAGAAAAAGAUGACUUGAAGCUUGAAAUUCCGAAGGGGCAAAACAAGAUUUAUCGAAUUCAGCGAAGUUUGACACAGAACUUCUUGUAUAUCUAA